AUGGAAUCUGAACGCAGAGACAAAAGAGGAGACAAAAAGAACAAAAGGAGACGUUCUCCAUCCCCAGUUAUUGAGAAGAAACGAAAAAAAGGCAGUAACCGUCAAGCUGUUACUACGGGCAAGAAAAAACCAUCCCGUGAAGAUGAAAAUGAUGACCUCACCAAAGAUAUGGAUGACCCAACUCCAGAACCAAAUAUCCAGGAAGUUUCAAUCUCAAAGCAAACAACAACAUCACGAAGUUCAAAAGAUAGUGAGUUACAACCCAUCAAAGGUGGAACUUAUAUUGAUCUGGAUGAAGAACAAACAGAUAAGUAUGAGCGAGAAGACAGCAAAGGCUCAUGUACCACAUCCCCUGCUCCAGAGGAGGGUAGUAAAAAGGAAAAGAAAGAUGAAUCUGAGGACAAUGUUACUGAGCAGACGCAUCAGAUCAUCAUCCCUAGCUAUGCUGCUUGGUUUGACUACAACAGCAUUCAUGCUAUAGAAAGACGAGCUCUUCCAGAAUUCUUCAAUGCCAAGAACAAAUCAAAAACUCCAGAAAUUUUCAUGGCAUAUCGAAAUUUCAUGAUUGAUACCUACCGACUGAAUCCCCAAGAGUAUCUGACCAGCACAGCGUGUCGACGUAACUUGGCUGGGGAUGUUUGUGCUAUCAUGAGGGUGCAUGCAUUCCUUGAGCAGUGGGGUCUGAUUAAUUAUCAGGUGGAUGCAGAUAAUCGUCCAACCCCCAUGGGACCACCUCCAACAUCACACUUCCACAUUCUGGCAGAUACUCCAUCUGGGCUGCAACCAGUCAAUCCAGCUAAGACUGUUCAGCCAUCAGCUGCUCAGCAAAUUGUGAAUUUUAAUGACAAGAACAAAGAGAAAGAUGGUGAGGACAAGAAGGACAUCUCCAACUUUGGCCUUAGAACUGACCUUUAUGCUAAGAAAGCUCUGAAGGACAAAGGUGCAGCUACCAGGACACGUGAAUGGACCAACCAGGAGCUACUGUUGUUGCUGGAAGCGAUGGAGAUGUACAAGGAUGAUUGGAACAAAGUGGCUGAGCAUGUUGGCAGUCGGACACAAGAUGAAUGUAUUCUACAAUUCCUUCGACUCCCUAUUGAGGAUCCGUACCUUGAGGAAGAUUUUGGCAGUAUUGGCCCUUUGGCUUACCAGCCCAUCCCAUUCUCCCAAACUGGCAACCCAGUUAUGUCUACUGUGGCUUUCUUGGCAUCUGUUGUUGACACCCGAGUGGCUUCUGCGGCUGCUAAAGCAGCGUUAGCUGAGUUCAAUAAAUUGAAGGACGAAGUUCCUCCUGCACUGACUAACGCUCAUAUGAAAGUAGUUGAAGAAGCUAUAAAAGAGGGCAAAAAUGUGGACGCCAACUUUGGGUUGGAUAGAAGUGGCAUUGCUGGUACAACCAAAGAUGAAAAUGCUGAAUCUGCUGAACCAGAUAUAGCAAAGCAAAAUAUUCCUGAAGAGGCAGACAUGAAGGAGGACCAGAAGGAAGAUAAAUCUUUGUCUGAAGAAGCCAUGGAAACUGAUGCUACAGACAAAAAGUCUGACAAGAAAGAAGAAAAGGAGGAAGAGUCAAACUCUCCCCAGUCUAGCCAGCAGCCGGCCGGGGAUAGAGGUACCGCCACAAGCAGUAGCAGCAGUAGCAGCUCUGGUGCUGCUGCUGCAACUGCCGCUUCUGAAAGUGAUGAGAAGGGCGAUACCACUGCUCAGAAACAGCAGCAGCAAGCCAGCACCACUGGCCCUGAUGGAGCAGAUGACAAAAGUGGUGCUGUCAAUGCUGCUGCUGACGGCCACAAUAAGAAUGAUAUGGCCACUAAGGUGACAGCUGCCUUUGAUCCAAAGGAAAAGGGUAAUGUCAUCACAGCGGCCGCUGCAGCUUUGGCAGCUGCUGCUGUUAAAGCCAAGCACCUUGCCGGAGUUGAAGAAAGAAAAAUCAAAAGUCUUGUUGCUCUUUUGGUGGAAACUCAAAUGAAAAAGCUUGAGAUUAAAUUACGUCAUUUUGAAGAACUUGAAGCUAUCAUGGAUCGAGAAAGAGAAGCACUGGAAUAUCAACGCCAACAGUUGCUACAAGAGCGUCAACAGUUCCACAUGGACCAGAUUCGAGCAGCAGAAUACCGUGCUCGGCAGAUAGCUGCCCAACAACACAUGAAUGAACAACGCCAGCAGAACCAAGGCCAAGGAGGUGCUGGGGACCAAGGCUCUCAGGGUUCUGGAUCAGGUUCUAAUUCCAACUCCUCUUCAUCCCAAAAUCCUGCAUUAGCUGCAACUGUAGGCCCUAAUUAUCCACUCCAUGGCUCCCCCAUGCCACCCCAGGGUCCACAGGUCCACCAACAUGUGCCACACGGGUCUCCUGCUCCACCCACACCAACUAGCCAAACUCCAACUCCCCAGCCAGCUCAACCUAGCAAUCCACAGCCAACAGCUACCCCUGUCUCAAAUGCUUCGGUGACUCCAUCUCCUGCUACACAAGCAACUCCAGUGUCCAAUGCCAGCUUCAGUCAUGGGUCAACUGGUUUCACACAAAGUGGUGCCAACAAUAGUAACAACAACAGCAACAGUAGCAAUAGUAACAAUAAUAGUAACAACAACAGCAACAACAGUUCCCAGCCACACAGUUACCCUCCUCCGUCAUCUGCCAAUGCUCAAGGACCAACCCAACCAGGUCAGUUUGGGCAAAGCACUAAUUCUUCCCCUGCGGGAGGUCCUCCACCAAUGAUGCCCCAAGGUGGUCCUCCUGCUGGUGGAGCAGGUACUGGAGCAGCUGGUCCUGGUGGCCACCAGUUUCCUCCUGGCCCUAUGGGACAGCAGCCUCCUUAUAUGACACAUAGUGGACCUCAUGGCCCCCAAAGCCAGCCACCAUAUCCUCAACAAGGACCUCCCAAUACAUCACAAGGCCACCCUCUUAUGCCACCUCAACAGGGCACUGGAAAUGCAGCCAAUCAGUCACCACACCCUUAUCCCCCUCAGCAAGGAUCCCAUGGUCAGCCAUUUCCUCACUCAGGUCAUAGUCACCCCCAUUAUCCCCCUCAGGGUGCCAGCAACACUGGGGCCUAUCCUCCAUCCAGUCAACCUUCACAGCAGCAACAGCACUAUCCCCAGCAAGGCCCACCUCCACAGGGAGGACAGUAUCCCCCCUAUCACCAUCAAGGUCCUGCACAGCAAGGGCAACACUUCCAUCAAGGCCAUCCUCCUCAACAGUAUCCCCAGCAACCUCAUGGACCUCAGGGGUCCUAUUCACAACAGAGCUAUCCAACUGGACCACCUACCCAAGGAGCACAUCCAUAUCCCCAUGGAUCUGGAAGUCCUUACUCAACACAGGGUCAUGGCAUGCCACCUCAAGGGACUCCUAUCCCUCCUACUGGACGACAAAUGGGCCCAAGUGGUGCACCAGGCACUGGUGGCUCCUCCGAUGUUCCCGACAAUAUGGUAGCACAGUCUCCAGCCACUCCUUCUCCAAAGCCCUAA